UCGCGACCACCGCACACGGCAGUGCUGUUUAAAUGCUGACGCGCUUCGGUUCGGGGUUUUCGGUACGGCGUGCGUUUCCCGUGCCCUAGAGAGUGCAUACACACGGGGUGGCUAGUUUAAGACGCGUUAAUCGAACCGCGUACUUGCGUGCGUGCGUGUCGGGUAUGUGUGAGAGAAUGUACGUGUGCACCAGUUUGGAGUGAGUUUUUUUCGUUGUUGGUUUGCUCUGCAAUAGGAAGUUUUGGUGCAAUUUAUGUGCAUGGUCAGUGCAAGGACGAGAGGUUUCAACAGAUCGAGGCCUAGCGAGUGUCCAAGGAUGUUGCGAAAGCGUUCCUCGUUAACCGUAAUGGUCCGGAUUCGGAAGUGGCAGUACGAUCCGUACACGUUUGUGGUUUCGUACUCAUCGCACAAAGAAUGAAGAAAAGUGAUGUGAAGUGUCUGAAACUGCAGGUCAGUUUGGUGCAUGAAAGAUGAUACCAGUGUGUGUGUGUGUGUGUGUGAGUGUGUGUAAUUGAUACAGAUAAAAUCCUCUUUACUGCUUUAACGUGAAAGAAAAAAAACACGCCCCUAACAAAGGUACACGCGUUGAAAGGUGGAGAGGGGUGGGGGAGAGCAGGUGCUAAGUGAUGCAAAACCCUGUACCAAUGCUGGUGUUGUGUUCACACUGUGUCUCCAUUGCAUCGUUAGAAUUGUGAGCGUAUACUUUUCAGUUUCUUUCGUUUGCAUUAUUCUGUGAAAAGAAACGAAGUGAGUUUCUAGCUGGGAAGUGUACCACCAUUGCCACAUGCCACGUGCAAGAAGAAAAAGAAAAGUGUCCAGUGAGAGUGAUUAUUAAAUAGGAAAAGCACAAAAAAUAAAAUCAUAUAAAUCCCAACAUGGUGUCUGCCAUGGCCGACCCGGUUGCCACAACGCUUCGCAGGUGUAGUGCAAAAACGCUCCCGGUGGCGCUGGUGCUGCUGUUCGCGCUUAUCGCGCUUUCCGGAAGGAUAAAACCCACCGCAGCCAGCAGUUCCAUCAUUGGCGACGAAAAUGGUCCACUAAUAGACGUCCAAACGGCGGUCGGGCUGGAUGUGUCCUUACCGUGCGAUCUACUGCCAACGACCAUGAGCAUGAUGACGGACAAGGUCUACCUGGUCAUCUGGUACAAGGAGGGCAACACGAAGCCAAUCUACUCCUUCGAUGCACGGGGCAAGAGCCUUCAGCAGGCGAUCCACUGGUCGGACGAGGCGGUGCUCAAAUCGAAGGCGUACUUCUACUACGACACCAACCCACCGGCCCUGAGAAUCAAGGGCGUCAAGCAGGAGGAUGCCGGUCUGUACAGAUGUCGGGUGGAUUUUCACAAAUCGCCCACGAAAAACUGUCGGAUCCAGCUGGAUGUUCUUGUACCACCGGCAAAGAUUACCAUCCUGGACGAGCAGGGGGCGGCCGUGCUGAACAACGUCGUCGGACCGUACCGGGAGAAUGCGGACAUUAAUAUGACCUGCAUCUCGAGCGGUGGCCAGCCGGCCCCGAAGGUAACCUGGUGGCGGGAGCAUGCCCUGCUGGACGAUUCGUACCUCGUGCUGCCGGACGGUACGGUUAAGAACGUCCUCUAUCUGGAGAAGCUGUCACGCCACGAUCUACACUCGGUUUACACGUGCCAGGCGAGCAACGGUCACGUCGUGCCACCGCUUUCCAGCGCCGUCAAGCUGGACAUGAAGCUACCACCACUGUACGUGCGGAUGCAGGGCCUGCGGGAAACGCUAACGGCGGGCGUGAAGACGCAAGUAUCCUGCACCACGGCCGGCAGCCGGCCGGCACCGAGCGUUGUCUGGACGAAGGGAUCAUCCGUCAUCCGUGGCUCAUCGCAAACGACGUCCAACGACGGCAAUGUCACCGUAUCGGAGCUGGUGUUCGUGCCCGGUCCGGAGGAUAAUGAAAAAUCAAUUACAUGCUCAAUUAGCUACAGCGAGGGAGACGGUCCGACCGUACUGCUCAAGGAUACCCACGUGCUGAACGUCAAACACGUGCCAGUGAUAUCGCUGGCGCUCGGGGCGCCCCUCAACUCGCAAAACCUGAUGGAAGGCUCGGACGUGUACCUCGAGUGCGACAUCAAGGCGAACCCACCGGUGAAGAAAAUUGAAUGGUUUCACAACAACAAGCUGCUACAGUCGGCACGCGGCAUUAUCGUGUCCAAUCAGACGCUCGUGCUGCAGAGCAUCACCAAAUCCACGCACGGCGAGUACAUGUGCCGGGCGUCAAACAGCGAAGGCACCGUCAACAGCAAUCAGCUCUAUUUGGAUAUCAAAUAUCCGCCGGUGUGCAAAUCGGAGGCGCAAAUUAUCCGUGCCGCGGUAAAGCAAACGGUCAACAUAACCUGCGACAUCGACGCCAACCCGAUGCCAAAUCUGUUGUUCCGGUGGCAGUUUAACAACUCGCUCGAAAGUAUGCUCGAGCUGCCACCGUACACGAACGUCGAGUCGGAAGCGGCCAACCUGGCGCUGGCCGAGAUUGACCUCGAAACAAAUCACAUGGGCCCCAGCCUGGAGGAGAUGGUACGGAAGAAGCUGGAACGGUUAGAGCACUCCGUGCGGCAACAGCAGCUGCAGCAGCAGCAACAUCAUCAUCACCUGCUGCACGCGGGCUCGCACAAGGAGGAGGUGCCGCUGGUCGACGGCCAGCUGUACAUGUACCGGGUGGACACGUUCAACAGCUUCGGUACGAUCACCUGCACGGCAACCAAUUCCUACGGUCAGAGUGGACACUGUGCCUAUCACAUACUGGUCGCUGAUGUACCCGAUCCCAUCAAGAGCUGUACCGUGUCGAAUGUGACCGCGUACACCGUGCACAUAUCCUGCGUUGCUGGCAAGGACGGUGGAAUACCGCAGCAGUUUCACAUCGAUGUGUUCGAGGAGUCGAAGCGAAAGUUGCUGCAAAGCGUCAGCUACCAGAGCCCCGAGAUGCUGCUGAAGAAGCUGCCUAGUGACACGAAGUUCAUCAUCAAGAUUACGCCCUACAACCUGCAAGGUACGGCACCGACAAGCUACCGAGUGAAGGCACAAACGCUACCGGCUCCCCUGUUAAGAACGGCUCCAUCGAAGGCCGUGCUCGUGCAGCUUACGCCCCUGCUGGGGGCUCUCGUCGGGGCCGCCGUGACACUCUGCCUGGUCGCGCUGUGCAUCAUCGUUUUCGUAAAGUUCAAAACGAAGAAGAAGCACCACCAGACGGCCAACGCCGAGCAGGACAAGGGCAGCGCGGAACCGCUCAGUCGCAACAUCGGCAGCCACUCGAGCAUCGACGACAAGAACCCGGACGUGAUACCGCACGAGAACAGCGAGGACGACGACGAGAAGCAGUUCGAACGGUUGGCGCUGAAUGCGGACGGGCUGAAGUUUGCCGGACACACGACCACCGCAUCGUCCGGCGCGUACUCACCCACCCACCACCAUCUGAUGUCGCCGAGCGGGAACGGCUUCAAGAAGUUCGGUGAGCUAUCGCUCACAACCAAUCCGGGCUACGCGAUAUACAGCUCGCCGAUACGGAGCUACGGUAAGCCGAGCCCUGGCCAGCAGCAGCAGCAGCAUCCGCUCGGCUCCCUGCUGCUCUCGACGACGGCGGGCCCGCAGGGCACCACCACCACGACGACGAGCGCACCGAACGGCGCCAGCCUGCUGCUCCCGUCCGGUGGCCCGGGUGCGGUCACCACGCUGCCCACGCGCACCUCGCCCAACAUCUACACGAGACUGCCGCUGCGAGACUUUACGCCGAACAGCUACGACAGCAUGCUCAGCAUCUCGCAGACGACCUCCUGCUCGUCCUCGUCAAACGGUGGGUACGCCACGUCGCAGAUCUACACCGCCAAGAUGCCACUGCUGACGACCAACUACACCGCGCUGGACAGUACGGUGGGGCCCGGGCUCGGUCUCGGCGUCGACAAGUGUUGAUAGUGUGCCUGGGUCGGCACGGUCAGGCGCGGUAAACGGUAGGUGGGGGGGGGGGCGGUGUAUGUAGCUAGGGUAGAUGUGAAAGGGACGGAAAUGUAGCCAUGGCAUGACAUCGAUCGCGGUCGAGCCGGUGGUUGCCCGGGUGCUAACAAAUAGGGCAAUGCUUUCUGGGCACAAACGCGGCCUACGUCCUUCGUUUUGUGGUUAAGUUUUUGCUAAAAAGCGCUUCCAAUUUUGCAUGCAAAGAGAUGAAACUGCAAACUGGAAGCGAAUUGCUACAACUAAGAUGUGCCAUUUUCACGAGUAGAAGAGGAAAGCAACAAAUAGAGAGAGAGAGAGAGCGAGAGUCACGAGAGAGAAAUAGAAAUUAAGGAAAUCCGCUGGCAAACACAGGGUAUACCAGGAAUUGGCGUAAUGGACAUUUAAAUCCAGCCGGACGAGAAACACAAACGCUCAAUUUUUAGUUCCAAUACUCUCCAAUAUGUUUAUGUAGCAGAAGUUACUCCGAAAUUAAGUGACCAUGGCAAACUGCUCCCCCAAAAUCCCCUAUUCCUUCUCCAUCCUCUGUUAGCUCAUCAGAAAUGUGUAGUUAUUCCACAAUGGACCGCUCACCCGGCUGCAAUGCUGAACAGCGGUAACUGUGGUGUUGUAGCUAACGCUCUUCGAUGUAUGUGCAUUACAUUGACACCGCAUUCGGUUCGAUUAUGUAGCUGUUGUGCUCACCAUUGCCUUGUUCCUCAUAUCAUUCGUUUCGGUGCCAGUGCGACGUGCUCCGUUUAAUUGAAGCCUACCCGUACAACCCGUCAUUGGGAAUGCUGUUGAAUCACUGUUGCACUGUUUGUCUGUUAUCUAUGGAUCGAAGCGUUCACUGGCCCCUCGCCGGCAGAAACGAACGGUCGAACGUUGUUUUGGAAAAUCAAAAGUAUUACUUAGUUAAAUUUUUACAGAAACACACACCCACACACUCCCUCCCGUUGAGAGUUUAUUUACGGUGCAGAGUAGUAAAAACAGUAGUGUAGCGUAAUUGUAUGUGUGGAUGGUGCAAAGCCGAAGGUCUGCCCUCUCCGCAGUGUGUAACAUAAUGGUAGCUAAGCUUAGGCUAACAAUGCGAACGACAAAAGAAACGGCAGGAGACGCGGAGACGGACAGCAAGGGACAAUAAACAGAUAGCGCCCACGAGUUAUACCGAUAGAGUGUAAGUGUGCAGCGGCACACUGUAUAUAGCCCCCCCCCCCCCUCCCUUUUUGUACAUAUCCUAUGCAGAAGAUAGUGUAAAGAAUCAAUUGAACGUGUGGUGUGUAUCUAACCGGAGCAGGCGCUGGAAGCAUACCUGCAGCGUACUAGAGUACUCAGAGCCGGCCUGAACCACGGGCCUGAAAAACCGGGGGGGGGGGGGGGG